AUGUAUGUGCAUGUACACAGUCUACUCACUUACCUAGCCAUGUACUUAUGUAGCCAAGUACAAGUCUGCUUCACUUAUGCUGCCCAUGCACAUGAUGCCGACAACGACUCGCUAGCCCUCCGCUGGACCACCACACGACCUCUUCGGUCCCAGAUACAGAUUGCACUCGACAAAAACAGUCGGCCUGCCAAGUGGCCGCAUCCGUGCGCGCACGGCGCGGCUACCCUGAUAAUUCACGCCUUCUUCCGCACCCGCAUCACGUCGGCCAAGUGGGCCCGUUGGGAAAAGCCUGCCCACGCCUUGACGUGUAUACACCUAGGCUGCACGCUGCCACGUCCACCCACGCUGUCGGCCUCAAAGUGGGAAUGUGGAACAAAGGAUUCGUUCCCAUGGGGCCUUUUGCAUAAGACACUGCUACCGUCUGCAAAGAUUCGCCCACUCAGCAGCAACCUUCACCCUCCCCUUGGCCACCCUCUACCAACGUCGGCUUCCCCCCGAGAACAACCGCUCGGGUAUAAGCCCUAA